GAGGGCGCUGUUUCUCUUCCGGACUACGCUUCCCGUCAGGCCGAGCGGCGGCGUCUCCAGGGGGCGUGGCGGUUGCCAUUGCUACGGGCAGGCGGAGGGGCGCGGCCUAGGCCCGGACGGAGCCUGCCUGGUUUCCCGACUCCCGGCCGCGCCUCAGCUCGGCUCGGCUGUCUUCGGGCUCCGAUGGCGUCCUCGGCGGCGGCGGGGGAGAGCCUGGAGGCGGCGGCCGAGCACGAGCGCAUCCUGCGGGAGGUGGACAGCACCGACACGGCCUGCCUGGGGCCCACCCUCCGGUCUGUCUACGAUGGCGAGGAACACGGGCGCUUCAUGGAGAAGCUCGACGCUCGCAUCCGGAACCACGACCGCGAGAUCGAGAAGAUGUGCAACUUCCAUUACCAGGGCUUCGUAGACGCCAUCACAGAGUUCUUGAAGGUCAGGGCAGAAGCCCAAAAGCUCAAGAACCAAGUGACGGACACCAACAGGAAACUGCAGAUGGAGAGCAAGAAACUGGUGGGAGCGAUGGAGGAGCUGAAACAGUGCCGCCUGCAGCAGCGGAAUAUCUCUGCCACUGUGGACAAGCUCACCCAGUGCCUUCCCGUUCUGGAGAUGGACAGCAAAUUAAGAGAGCAAAUGAAGUCCAAAAGGCAUUACCCUGCCCUGAAGACUCUGGAGCACCUUGAGCAUGUGUACCUGUCUCAGGUGAGCCACUAUCGCUUCUGCAAGGUCAUGGUGGACAACAUUCCAAAACUGCGCGAGGAGAUCAAGGAAGUCUCCAUGUCGGACCUCAAGGACUUUCUGGAGAGCAUCCGCAAGCACUCGGACAAGAUCGGCGAGACAGCCAUGAAGCAGGCCCAGCAGCAAAGGAGCCUGGAUGGCGUUGUGUCUCAUCCCUCGAAAGCCAGCGGGAGGAGGCCAAAGAGAGACCCCUUUGCCAGUCUGGACCCAGAGGUCAAAAUCACCAGCCCUGCCUCGGAGCAGGACUCUGGCAUCCUGGAUGGAGAGGAGGAGGAGGAAGAGGAGGAAGAGGUGCCCGGUGCCCAGGAUCUGGUGGACUUCUCACCUGUUUACCGUUGUUUGCACAUCUACUCGGUCCUGGGGGCCCGAGAGACCUUUGAGAGCUACUACCGGAAGCAGAGGCGAAAGCAGGCCCGGCUGGUGCUGCAGCCCCCCUCCAACAUGCAUGAGACCCUGGGGGGCUACCGGAAGUACUUCAACCAGAUCGUAGGCUUCUUUGUCAUUGAGGACCACAUCCUGCACACCAGCCAGGGAUUGGUGGACAGAGCCUACAUCGAUGAGCUGUGGGACAUGGCCCUGUCGAAAACCAUCGCGGCACUCCGGACACAUUCGAAAGUGGCCAGGGGACCAUCUCUGUUGACCGCUGUGCCUUUGACCCUGCACCUGGUCUCUCUCCAGGGAUAUGGCUUUCCUGUCCAUCAGCUCUUCGAUUUACUCCUGGAGAUCCGGGAUCAGUACAGCGAGACCCUGCUGAAGACCUGGGCGGGAUCCUUCCGGCAGAUUCUGGAUUCCGACAACUACAGUCCCAUCCCAGUGGCCAACGAAGAGCUGUACCAGAAGAUGGUGGGCCAGUUUCCCUUCCACGAUCCAGAGCUGGAGAAGCAACCGUUCCCCAAGAAGUUCCCCUUCUCCGAAUUUGUGCCUCGGGUUUACAGCCAGAUCAAGGAGUUCAUCUACGCGUGCCUCAAGUUCUCUGAAGACCUCCACCUCAGCUCCACUGAGGUGGACGACAUGAUCCGGAAGUCUACCAACUUGCUGCUGACGCGGACGUUGAGCAACUGUUUGCAGAACGUGAUCAAGAGGAAAAACGUUGGCCUGACGGAGCUGGUCCAGAUCAUCAUCAACACGACCCACCUGGAGAAGUCCUGCCGCUUCCUGGAGGAAUUCAUCACCAACAUCACCAACGUCCUCCCAGACACCGUCCACACCACAAAGCUGUACGGAACAACCACCUUCAAGGAUGCGCGACAUGCGGCCGAGGAAGAGAUCUACACAAACCUGAACCAGAAGAUAGACCAGUUCCUGCAGCUUGCAGAUUACGACUGGAUGGCCGCCGAGGCCAGUCCGAAGGCCAGCGACUACCUGGUGGACCUCAUUGCCUUCCUGCGCAGCACCUUUGCCGUUUUUACACACCUGCCGGGCAAGGUGGCCCAGACGGCCUGCAUGUCGGCCUGCAAGCACCUGGCCACUUCGCUGAUGCAGCUGCUCCUGGAAGCCGAAGUCCGGCAGCUCUCGCAGGGGGCCCUGCAGCAGUUCAACCUGGACGUAGCUGAGUGUGAACAGUUUGCCAGAUCCGGGCCGGUGCCCGGGUUCCAAGGGGACACGCUGCAGUUGGCCUUCAUCGACUUGAGACAAGUCGUGGAUGGCGCCAAGGCUGGCUUGGGCCAUUACGGCGAGGAGGUCAUUCGGGCUUUGCGGGAAGGGGUCCGGAGGCGGCUCUCUCUGGGGCGGCUUUAUGUCGAAGGGAUUUGCAUUCCGCAGAGUGGAAGGAAGGGGCCCGAGAUGGGCCUGCGUUGGGGUCUUUCUCACAGCCAAUUCCAAAGCAUCUCUUCAUCAAGGAGGUGA